CUCCUCCCCCCCCCCCGCUCCCCCGCCCUAGGGCAACGGACGUGGGUUUGUGGUGGACUGUGGCCCGGCUUGAGUGAUCCUUUGACAGUAGCCUGGACGUCAAUUUCCUUCUAUCAAGACUAAUUUAGAACCCAAAUAGACCUUAUAAUGGCGGCGCUAAGCAGCUGUCGCACCGUCUUUCAAAAUUUAAGGAUUCUUGUGUACGUGAAGCCUGGCACCAUAACCUCCUCGGAGUGUCUGUCAACUUCAAGUUCGUCUGUUUCUAGUGUCAUACCAUCUCCUAGGACUGUUAUCGCUGAAAAAUUCAAGAGAGCUAUGGAUUGGUACGAGGAGGUGACCGGUAUCAGGGAAGUACGUCUGUCGCAAGAAAAAGUUUUGAAAGCAGAAGACCGUUUUAUAGCUGCUCAGGACGCUCGUCGAGACAUUAGCAAAGAACUGUCUGCAGUGAGGGACAGAUUGAAAGACAUUUAUGCUGAACUGGACCAGACAUCUCGUGGGGAAGACCGCUAUGUCCUUCUUAUCACUCAAGAACACAAAGUUCUCAAAGAUGAGAGAAGAUUAGCCGAUCAGUUCAAUCGCUGUGAACAGGAGGAGCGAGAAAAUUUUUCUACUUUAUCUUCCGCAGUUAAGGAAAGCCAUGAAAAGGAAAGGAUUCAGGCAGAAAGGACUAAGUACUGGUCAAUCAUUGGUUCUAUUAUAGGCACAAUGAUUGGCAUUGGUGGUAGUUCUAUUAACAAUGAAUUUAAGAUGCGAGAGUUAAGGAAGCUCGUGAAAGAAUCUGCACAAGCUACCAUACUGUCGCGUCAAGAAGCAGAGGUACCCAAAGAUUUGAUCAUGAUCACAGAUAAUGUUCGGGAACUAUCACUACAGUUGGUUCAAGAACAAGCUAAUAUAUUGGAUACAAUUAAGGAACAUAACAGUGCUAUGGGAAAGCAACUUGAGCAAGUUCAAAAAUUUACUGAGAGUCAAAUAUAUGUUACAGGGGAUGGAGUAGCAUUAAAUAUUGAUCAACUCCUAGAAACACAACGGAAAGAAAAUAGAAUUUUAGCUAUUGUUUGUUUGUCUUCUGUAGUGUGUAUUAUGUUUGUUACAAAAAUAUUUAGUUAGGUAUCUUAAGAUAAGAAAUCAUGAGUAUAUUAUGUGUCUAAUAAGUGUAAGGUGAAAUUGUGCACGGAACUGUAUUUGAAUCUUGCCAAUUUAUCCAGUGAAAGGAUAAUAGUUCUGAAUAGAUGUGAAUAAUCGACCUAUUUGAUUUCUAUGUUGUUCCUGUUUUAGGGAAUUGGUUUACAUGGUAUCAUUAAACAAUUUUAAUACAUUAACCUUAA